AUUUAUUGAGCUCCCUGAAAUCACCACCACCAAUGACGUUGUAGGGAGCCUCAGAAAUAUACAGCUCAACAUUGCAAAAUUUCAUAGCAAAGGAACGGCUCCGCCGCGCGGCAAUCAUAGGAUGACAACAGUAGCACUUCAACCCGCAAUGAUGCCUGCAGCCGGGCUCUCAUCGGGAGAAGCGCACAUUGCCCAUGACCGAGGGCAUCCGACAAAGGAGGCGCUCGACUACAGCGAGCUUCCAAUCCAGCGUGCCAAGAGCGUAGUAUUGCCUGCAGUGCCGGUGUCUAUGAACUACACAAACGAGGACAUUCCGUUCUCCCACCCAAGUGCCACGCCGCUCACGUCCUGCUACGGCCUGCCGCGCACCUUCAAGGCCGGCAGCCGCUGCCUGAACCCGCUGGAGCCGCGGUACGUGCUGCCGGGCGCCUCCGCCUACCUCGCCAAGCAGCAGGCCGGGUCCGGGCCAGCAGCAGCAGCAUCAACACCCGCUGCAGCAGCCAGCCUAGACAGCCCCGGAGCCGGAGGCGCCAGCAGCGGCGGGGCAGGCGCCACGGCCCUGCCCAGCCCCAGCCGCACGGCCUCCGGAGCCGAGGGGCGACUGCUGCCAGCGGUGUCCAUCCCCCGCAGCACCGGAGGAGGCGGAGCCGACAGCGCAGCCGCCGUCUCGUCGCCCAAAGCGCCCGGCAGCUCGCUAGCGCCGCCGCUGCCGCCCGCCUCGCCCGGCCACGGUGGCGGCGCCGCCGCCAGCAGCCCACUGGGCCUAAACCCGCACGUGACCACCAAUGGCGCCGUCGGCGGACUCCUGCUCUACGGCCCCGGCCCCGGCUCUGGCGCGGGCACGGGCGUGGGCGUGGGCGCGGGCGCAGCCGCCGUGUCUUUGUCGUCGCCCUCCGUCGCCGCCAUCGCCGCCGCCGCUGAGGCCAGCCGCUGCCUCAACGUCACGGACAUCAACGGCCCGCGCCGCAGCACCUCCACGCCGCCGCGCCGCGCCGGCGCCGCCGGCGGCGGCUUCGACCCCCUGCACGUGUCGGACAUCGUGUCGCCCACGCGGCGGCCCAGCCCCACGCGCCACCUCAGCAGCCUCACCACCUCGGACAUCCGCGGCGCUACGGUGCGCGCGCGCACGCGCGACGCGGCUUCUCCGGGGCGCGGCACACUCAACAGCGCCGACAUCCCGGGCGCGUCGCCGGGCUGCCUGGCGCGCGCCUCGCCCACCACGUUUGCGCUGGGCCGCUGGCCGGCGCCUGCGGUGCCGCAGUUCAACUUCCCGGUGGCAACGCGCGUGACGAUGCUCAAGAUGCCGCCUAACAGCAUGACCUGAGGCGCAGCGUGGCCUACAGGCGCAACGGAGGUGGCAGUGGGGGAGAGGGGGGAAGGAUGGAGCGCUGCGGAGGUGUGGGGGGCUGAGGUGUGAUGGCGGCCCGGCCGGAAGGCAUCGCAUGUGAGGCUAGGCACGUUGGUGCGCCUGCAGUGCCGCAGCGUGCGCGGGCAUGGUGGGGGGGACGGCGGCGUGGCGUCAACCGCGUGCCGUCUUGGUGGACAAGAAUAGAAGGAGAUGGGGACAUGGGAUAGUCAGUUCCAAGCCCAAACUGAACUUUAGGUGGAGGAGUCGUGAGGCGGUGGAGCCGUGGCGGCGUGGCGGCUUGGGGCCUAAGGGGAGGGCAGUGUGUGCCGGGAGGCUGCUGGCGGUGGUACUGGCAGAGAGGAUGCCCUAGUCAUAGGCAACGCAUUGGCGUCCAAAAGGUGGGACUGGCUGGACUGACGCAUGGACAGGGACAGGCUCACAGGCUCACAGGCACAUGCAUAAGGAGCUGCCGUGGUAGCUGCUUAAGCUUCCAGGCAGUGCGGCAGCAAUACUAUGCCGGACCGCAAACCAGUCGUCGACUGGUUGUUCCGGCUUUUCAUCCAAUAAAGCAAGGAAAGGGAAGUGGUGGUGAGUCCUCGCACAAGGGCACGGCCGUGUCGGCAUGCCAUCACGCUGUGGCCCGGCGCUUCGUUGGCAACCGACAGGGUGAUAGCUGUUGAGUCCUCGCGCGGAUGCUGUUAGGUUUCGUGACACGCAUCCGAACGGUGCGACUGCAUACAACUGAUUCUUCAAUUUGCUUGUCCCCCGCUUAUUCCCGGUCCAGUGAGCCGCGGCGUACUGGGGAGAGUCGGGGCUGGCCGCGGUCCCAAACGCACUGAGACGAAGUGCUGAAUUUGCAUUCAUAGGGUCUGGGCGAGCCAACAGUGUUGAGACUCAAAUCUCAAUUUGAGGCUUGGCAGGCGUGUGGGCGUGUGAGGGCAGAGUGAUGGAGCCAUGCAUUACGCUGCGUAGGAUGGCGAGCUGCAGGAGUGCAGGGGCACGGCGCCGAGAUGUGAACGUCACUUUGGGGGGGGGCUGUGCACGCUCGUUAUCGACGAUGCUUGGAAACGAAUAAUGGCGGGGAGGGCUGUUUGUUCUAGGUGCCAUUCCGUGCUGACGCGUGUGGCCGUGCGAGGACGUGCAAUAGGGCAGCCGGGUCGAAGACUGCUGGAAUGACUAGCAGCUAGCAAAUCAGAGGCGGCGGUAGGCCGGUCGUGGGGUACCGGUAAUGUACUUGUAUCUGUGACAUAUGUAC